CCGAAUUCGGCAAUGAUUUUGAUGUGUAACUUGAGACCAGGCAUGUUCAAGAUUCUAACAAGGCACUGUGACGUUUGAUCACCCUCAGACCAAUCGUUAUGGGGUGUGGUGACGUAAAGCGGCUGAUUCGAAGCUCAAUGUGGGGUCGACACCUCAAGGCCGAUACAAGCUUUCGUAGCUUCUACAACUCAAGCAACAAAUUCCUUGAACUCUCAUCUUGUCCACCAACUUCAAAACUCACAUAUACACAUCACACACAAUGUCUUACAACGAUUCCUACGGCGGCGGAGGCAGUGAGCGCCGCAACGAAGGCUACGGGCGCGAUGACGAUGGCCGCCAGGAAGGCCACGGCGGUGGCCGUGACGACAGACGUCAAGAGAGCAGCUAUGGAGGCCGCCAGGAAGGUGGCGGUCGUCAAGAAGGAGGAUACGGUGGCGGUGACAACGGUGGAUACGGCCAAGAAGGCCGUCAGGGCGGAGGCUAUGGCAACGACCGCCCCUCCGGUGGCAACGGAGGCUAUCGACGCGAUGAACAGGAGGGCGGAUACAGUGGAGGUAGUAGCCAUGGCAGUGAACGUCCCAGUGGCGGCAAUGGUGGCUACGGCCAAGACGAGCGCCGUCACGAGGGAGGUGGCUACGGUGGAGGUGGCCAGGACGAUUCAUACGGCGGACGUCCUAGCGGAGGACAAGGCUAUGGCGACAACGACAAGCCUUCAGGUAGCUCCGGCGGAGGCAACGGAGGCUACGGCCAGAGCCAGAGCUCAUCAGGAGGCUAUGGUGGCAGCUCUAGCAACCACGGUGGCCAGCACUCGUCUGGCACUUCAUACGGCGGCGGUGGUGGCUACGGAGGCGGCUCAGACGAGUUUGGCGAGGCGGCUCACCACGCUCAGCAAGAUGCCGGCUCUUCAGGAGACUCGAGCCUCUUCGGUGCUGUCCUUGGCCAGCUCUCUGGUAACAAGCAGAAACUCCAGAAUGAGGGCAUCGAUGAAGAUGAUGCGGUCCAGCAGCACCAGAAGUUCUACGGCAAUCAGCAGGACGGCAACCACCAGGCCACUUCGAACAAUGUUGGCGCUGCUGCUGCCAUGCAGGCCAUGAAGAUGUUCAGUGGUGCCAGCAGCGAGCAGGCUUCAGGAGGCCAGAACAAAUUCAUUGGCCUGGCCAUGUCCCAAGCCGCGCAGCUGUUUGACAAGCAGCAGAGCCAGGGCAAGACAGAUCCCAGUGCUACUAAGCAGGAUGCUGUCGCUCAGGCUGCACAGAUGGCCCUCAAGUUCUAUAUGAAGAGCGAAAUGGGCGGAGGCGGUGCCUCUGGCGGUAGCUCUGGCGGAGGUCUCGGUGGUCUGCUGAGCAUGGCCAGCAAGUUCAUGAAGUAAAGUCUUGCUCGGUGUUGAAAAGUAGAUAGACGACCAUGAUCACCAUUGCAUAUCUCAUAUAUUGUUGUCCUCAUCAAACUGCAAGCACG